AUGAGGCAAUCAAGGGACUCUACCGCGGCAAACACAGCCACCAACCAGCACCCAGACACCAACGUGGUUUACAACACUCUGCCCUCUGGCGUCCAGUCAAACUCGACCAACAUCAGCCCUCGUGGGUCAGCUGUCCAUGAGUCCAUCAAUACCAGCAGACCAGUGGCCAACGCGCCUGGUGACUACAAUGUCUUUGCCUCUUCUAGUCAGCCGCUUAGCUCAAACCACCCAUCCGAGUCCAACAAUACUUACACAGGAUCCUCCACUCAGGAGCCUGCCUACAACCAUCUUUCGUCUAGCACUCCGUCUGGUGUGGCUCUAGGCUCUGCUCGUCAAUCCGAGUCUCAUGGGUCUCGGACUGGUGUUGUCACGCAGGAGCCUGGUGCUUACAACCAUCUUGCUUCCGGCACCACAUCUGGCGUGAAGAGUGACCAGUCCACCGAUAACUCGAACACCGCUCGCCACUCAACCGAGGGUCAGAUAAAUCAAGAGCCUGACAACUAUAACCAUCUCUCUUCCGGCAAUGCAUCCGGCAUCGCUGCCGCUGGUGUUGCUGCCGCUGGUGCUGCUGGCGUGGCCGCACACAAGGCUCGCGGCUCGACGACUGAGACCUCUCGCCAGGGGAAUCUAACUCAGGAUUCCGGCCAGUACAAACAUCUCCCCUCCGGUACUGAAUCUGGUAUCAAGAGAGAUGCUGGCCCCACCGAGGGUAGCAGAGCACACGAUCUUGCCGCCUCUGGGUCCAGCCGUCCUUCGCAGAACAGGACCGACUCUGGGCCAUACAACAAGCUGCCCUCGGGAACACCCUCAGGCGUCAAGAUUAAGCCCAAGGACAACUCCCGUCGCGCCACGGAGCCCACCGUCCACGCCCAUGACCAGCACUCGUCCGACCGUAACGUGUCUUCACCCACUGGGCCGACUGGUGUUCCCUUCACCCAGCAUCAUCGAAGCCAGCCUUCCAACAUUGACACUCGCGAUAGCCAUCUGAAGGACCUGCCUCUUCCGGCCUCAUCCUCCAGCCCAACCAACGCGCACCCGUCGUCUCACCACACGGUUGUCUCGCCUCCGGUGCACGCUGCUCCCGAGACCGGCAAGGCUACUAACCCUCCUCCCGCUGCCGGCGAAUCGGCCACUCUCCGGUAUACUUCUUUCCCCAGCACGGCCAAGGGCAUGAGCCCAGAAGUCAUGCCAGAUACCUACCGGGAGUCGGUGACCAAGCCGCAUGAGCAGCAGGGAAUGAGCCCCGAGGUGAUGCCUGAGGCGUAUAGAGAGUCUGUCUCCCGCCCUUCUGAUCAUGCUAUGGAAAUGAGCCCUGAGGUGAUGCCCAAUGCUUACAGAUCUUCAGUUCCGCGAAACAGCAACAUCAUCAACAACAACAACAGCGACUUGAAGACGAGGGGUAUGCAGCCCGUGCAGUCUGAGCAGUAUAUGACUGGGCAGAAUAAGUUUGUGAGCCCUGCUCUUGCUGCUGCUACUGGAGCCUGGGCUGCGAGUUCGGGUACUGGCAAUGGGAGUGUUGGUGGUGUUGGGACUGGGAAUGUAAAUGUGCCGCAGGGGAAGGUUAUGCACAAGUGUGAGCAUUGUGGGAGGGAUAACGAUAUUAGUGGGUAUGUGAAGGAGGCUGUGAACAGGGUUACUGGGGUUGAUAGGUUUUAA